AGCUUGUUUGUUCCCUUGGGUGCAUUUAACUUGUGAAGAAGCUAAGAAGGUGCUCUGUAUCGGUUUCCUGCACUGUGUGGAUUCAUCGAUGCAGUUCCUCUGAAUUUCACUCGUCUCUUUCCUUUGUUAUUUAUUUGGAAAUAAUGUGAUUCGGCUGAUUUUUUCUCUUUAUAUUGGAUCGUCUAUUUGUUUGCAUUAACGAUGGCUUCAAUACGGAGAACUCUAUCGCCAUAUCACGAACGGCAUAAUCCGAACGGAGGCAAUCUGUUUUCCAUUUCCGUUCAAUCGCAGUCCCAGAAACCUGUUUCCAGCGGGAAAGUCUCGUCUCAGUCACCUUCCUUUGGAUUCCGCGUUUUCAGCUCACUCUGUGGAUUUAGACAUCCCCGGAAAAUGGUUUCCUGGAGGAAUUCGUUCUCCAGGUGUUUGAUUUUGUUCGUUCUAGGGUUUGUACUAGGUGUUACAAUGUAUGGCGAUCUCGACGAUUUGAACAGUAAAAGUUUUGCCUGGAAAAUGAAACCUCAGGUGGGGAAUGAUAGAUUGGAGCGGAAGGGUUUUGUCACUGCUAGACCCAGUGCUCUUGUGGAUAGAGUUCAAUUACAAGUAGAGCAGAAGAAUGUACAAUUAGAUUUAGUUCUGCAGAAACAGCUGAUUGUUGUAACUCCAACAUAUAACAGGGCCUUACAAGCUUAUUAUUUGAACAGAUUGGGGCAAGCUCUCAAGCUUGUGCAGCCGCCAUUGUUGUGGAUUGUGGUUGAGAUGAAUGCAGCUUCACUAGAAACUGCCGAGAUUUUGAGGAAGAUCGGAGUUAUCUAUAGGCAUCUCGUGUGCUUCAAGAAUAUGACAGACAUAAAGGACCGUGGUGUGCAUCAGAGGAACUACGCGUUGGAGCAUAUUGAACAACACAGGCUAGACGGCAUUGUUUACUUUGCAGAUGACGAUAAUAUCUAUUCACUUGAGCUGUUUGAGAGUGUAAGAAAAAUCAGUCGAUUUGGAACUUGGCCUGUAGCUAUGCUGCAACAAAGCAAAAAUAAAGCAAUAUUGGAAGGUCCUGUCUGCAAUGAAGGUCGAGUAAUUGGAUGGCACACAAAUGAGAAGAGUAAACGGCUUCGUCGAUUUCAUGUUGAUAUGUCGGGGUUUGCCUUUAAUAGCACUAUCUUAUGGGAUCCAAAAGUGUGGCACAGACCCACUACUUCUCCAAUUCGGCAACUGGACACAGUGAAAGAAGGCUUUCAGGAAACAACCUUUAUAGAACAGCUUGUAGAAGAUGAGAGCAAAAUGGAAGGGAUAUCUUCUGGCUGUUCAAGUGUGUUAAAUUGGCACCUUCAUUUGGAUGCUAGUGAACUUGUUUACCCAAAAGGCUGGUUGAUCCAGAAGAACCUUGGUACUGUUCUACGGGUAAAAUGAUGAGAUCAGAUGUAGAUGUGGAAGAACACAGUUAAUUGCUUCUUGAGGUAUAACCCCAUCACCAUUGGUAUCUGGGGGGGGGGUGCCAAGAUGUACUCAGCCUAUCCUGUAAAAAAGAGAGAGUUUUCCGUUAAACCUUUGAUGCAUUGUUGUAUUCAUCCAAAAAUACAUAGAAAGUAAGAAACAAGGGAAGUUUAAUGUGUCAUUUUGAUUUAGUCUCUUAUUUAUUCAUAGCUUAAGCAUUGUCAAUAAUGACUAUUCGAGCUCUAUUGGCAAUGGAAACACACGCUGGAAUGUUUAAAAUACUCAAAGUUGAUACUUCAAAUUCUCGUAUUUGGUAUUUGGGGAGAAUAAUGUUGGGACAAAGGGUGGAAAGGUAAUGACAAGUCUGGUAGCAUGGUUGAGGGGCAAACAUUUACCAUUGGUAAUUGCUUGGCUACAGGCUACUACACAUGUUGAUGCAGAGAUUGUUCUGCAUACCAUCUUUUAAUCUGACUAUAUGAACAUUAGAUUGUCAUAUGUGUUUUUACCAACUUGGAAUGAGAAGCAAUUAGGUGGAGCACUGUUUGUAAUGUCAAAGGUGCAGAAGAUGAGAUUGCAUAGUGUGAGGGCGAAUGGCCUCACUAGAGUAACAAAGUGUAUAUUUGCAGGGUUAUGUUGAUGGUCAGUACAAAUGGACAAAUCUAUCAAAAAUUCAAACCCACUAUUCCUGGGAUUUCUGUAAAGUUUCAUUUCAAAGCAUGGUAAAACUAAGGUCACAGUUGGAGGAUCAAAGUUUAUUCAUUGCAUAAGAUGAUUAUGAAGGGGGUUCGGUCCUACUUACACAUAACAAUUUAGAAAGUAGCAUUUGUAAUGACAAUAUCUCAUCUUAAAAACACCUUU